CUGCUUAAUAUUCUGUGUGGAAAUGAAUUCUGUUUCCAGUCUGGUUUGAUUGACAUGUCCUGAUUCUUCUUCUUUUCUUUGAUUCUCCUUUAUCUUUUGGCAUGAUCAUGAAGGAAACAUGGGUUUGAUCAAACUCUGAUAGAUUCUGAAUGCUGUGAUGAACCUUGUUCUUGAUCAUCCAUUCAGGGAUUGCUAGAUAUUGAUAUUGAUUUUAGGUUGAAUCAAGAUGAGCAAUAGAAAAGAUGAUGAUGAUGAGUCAAGUGAGAGAGGUAUAUUUCCACAUAUAGGGUAUCCAAGUGCACCUCCCUACCCUCCAACUGGAUAUGCAGCUCCAGGUUACCCUCCUCCAGGAGGGUACCCUCCAACAGCCUACCCUUCACCAGCAUAUCCACCACCACAAGGAGGGUAUCCUCAUCCUGGUCACUAUCCUUCAGAAUAUCCACCACCACCACCACCAGCAUAUCCACCUCCUGGAGGGUAUCCACCUAAUGCUUAUCCUCAUUCAGGGCACUAUCCACCAGCUUACCCUGCUCCUCAUGGUUAUCCACAAGCUAUGCCUCCAUAUUCUGCAGGACGUGGAGCUGGCAUGGGAGGACUGUUAGCAGGGGGUGCUGCUGCAGCUGCUCUUGCUUAUGGUGCUCACCAUUUGUCUCAUGGACAUCAUCAUUAUGGACAUGGUGGUUAUUUUGGUCAUGGAAAGUUCAAGCAUGGGAAAUUUGGCAAACGUUGGAAGCAUGGAAGGUUUGGAUUUGGCAAGUUUAAACAUGGUUGGAAAAGGUGGAAGUGAUGAAGUGACCAUUGUGUUAAAUAUGUAAUUCUGAGUAAUGGUGAAUAAUGUUUACAAUCUCUGCUUGAUAGCAGUUCAGUAAAUUUGAGAGCAAGAAACUACUACUGCGUGGCAUCCAUGUGCAGCUACUUGGUUGUGAUCUAAACAUCUCUCAUGCAUGUUAUUUAUAGCUCACACUAUUUACUCUUUCACCUAAUUGUGAGCCUUUUACUUUUGCAUCAAACCAGUUCAAACAGAUCGUUGACACUGCAUAA